UUGUUUAGCUUAGCUUGUUUAGCUUAACUGUGCAGCAGAGAUGGAUGACGGUGACGAGCCGCCGAUUGUCCUCUCUCACAACACUUCUUUAAGCUCUAAGUCGGGAGGGGACAAAAUGUUUUCCCUAAAGAAGUGGAAUGCUGUGGCAAUGUGGAGCUGGGACGUUGAGUGUGAUACGUGUGCCAUUUGCCGGGUACAAGUGAUGGACGCUUGUCUCCGAUGUCAGGCGGAAAACAAACAAGAGGACUGUGUUGUUGUAUGGGGAGAGUGCAACCACUCCUUCCAUAACUGUUGCAUGUCCCUUUGGGUGAAGCAGAACAAUCGCUGUCCCCUCUGCCAGCAGGACUGGGUGGUUCAGAGAAUUGGCAAAUAACUCCAGGCUGUCUGGAUCUUCUGGAGACACCUGUGUGCACCUAAAAGUGGUUUGAGACUUGACAAUGAUCACUGCAGCGUCCUGUGCAGAAAGCCACUGACCCUGGUGACUGUCCUCCUACCUAUCAAUGCAUGUUCCAGUUGUCCCAGUGUCUAAGGAGGACGAUGGACAAAAUAAAAUGGUGCAGACUCUUUGGUCACUGAUUGGUGGAUGUGGCUGGAGGAAUCAUGAAGAGGUGGAUGAACCUUGUUUCAGUGUUUGGUCACAUGUUAGCUUUAUGUUAUUGUCUGUGGUGGUGUCGAGCACAUCCUGAACAUGUGACUUUAAAAAAAUAAAAUAACUGUGUAUAGCUGUAAA